UUUGAUUGAAGCGGGAGAAAGAGGGAGUGUAAAACCCGCCAUUUUCUCACAUGGCGGGUCAAAGAACUUUCGAGGGUCAGCAGCGAGAGCCGCGUAAACGGAACCAACUUUUAACACAAAAACCUUUGCGAAUGCAAAGACGACCUUCAGUCACUGUAAAACCCACCAGAACAGACGAGACAGAAGACAUUCAAAGAAAACAUUUCCUACCGCAAAAUGAAGACAAGUUGAUUUUUUUAUGUCUUCGAAAAGCAAACGACCCUUUCUGUGAACUACUGAUUAUUCAGUAAAGCCUUGGUUUAUUUGAUUUUUAGUUGUUCCUAGUCUCAAACUUUUCAGGUUUCUCAAAUAUUUUUCGAGGCGUUCAAUAUCUUUUUGUUCAAAUGGAAACGUUUAUUGUUUCGCUUUUAAACUGCAACCGUUCAAAGGAACUUUAGUGGACAUGAAAAGUUUCAUUCUUUUCUCACUGUCUCUUUAUAUUUUCUUUCCAGCUAUAUUAAGCAGCUAUUAUGCCACAGGGGAAUUUGGUCUAUCUUGCUCGAAACAUUCAAAAAUAGCAUUCCAUGCCUGUAGAACGAAGCUCCUUUGUCUUAAGCAAUGUGCGACAAAGACUAAAUGUUUGAAUGGGUAACAUUGUACUCUGACGAAAUUAUAGAACUUUAAUCUACUUUAAUUUCGUUUAAUUUAUUAUUGAGAGCAAGCUAUUCGUUAGAAGCUGUGUAGAAGGUUUAUGUCAUUAUGCCAGUCGUUGUUGCAGUAAGACAAAGUAGUCUCAACUUUAGUGGGCUAAAAUUUUACCAUUUGCUUUCAUGUUUGAAGCGUCGAUGAAGCAGCUGGAGGAGUGAUUGGUAAAUGUUAGACAUAAAUGAUAACUGAGGACUGCGUUUGAUAUGGAAUUCAGUUUUUGUUUGUAAAUAGCGUUUGUCUUGACGUUUGAAUAAAGUGAAACCGGCGAAU